AUGAAAGACUUCAAUGAUUUCAUAGAUAAGUGUGAGUUGACUGAGAUACAAAUGAUGCGUAGGAAAUUCACUUGGUGCAAUGCAAUUGAUGGAAACAAGUGGAGUAAAAUUGAUAGAUUCCUGCUUAGUCCUGAGUGGUUGGAAAGAUUCAAGCUCAAACUUUGGGGACUACCUAGACUCAUUUAUGAUCAUUGCCCUCUAGCACUUUUGGAAGAUGAUAGGGACUGGGGACCCAAACCUUUUAAGUUCACAAAUGCGUGGCUGUUACAUCCUAAUUUUGUAUCCUUUCUGGUGAAAGUUUGGCAAGAGACACAAAUAAAUGGCAGAGCGGGUUUCAUAUUGCAUAGGAAAUUACAUGCAUUGAAGUUAGCAUUAAAGAAAUGGAGCAAAGAGGUGUUUGGUAAUGUCUCAGAAAAAAUUAAAGAAGUUGAGUGUCAACUGCAUUCUUUGGAUUUAUUGGCUAAAGAUAGACCCUUGUUGGAAGCAGAGUUGAAGUUAAAAAGAGAGGGAAGAAGUGAAAUGUGGAGGCUCAAUAGAAUGUUGGAAUGGGAAUGGUUGCAAAAGUUAAGAUUGGAGUGGACUUUAAAAGGGGACAGAAACACAAGGUUUUCUCAUGUGAUGGCCAGCAGUAGGCAUAAUAGGAAUGCAUUGAAUUCUAUUUUAGUUGAAGAGAGGGUGGUUGAGGAUCCAGAGCAAGUGAAGCAAGAGGUAUGGGCUCAUCUUAACGGGCACUUUUCAAAAGAAUGGAGGAUCAGACCUAUUUUAAUUGGUGACUUCAAGAGUGUCAGCUGUAGUGCUUGUUUUCAGCAGUUGGAAGCAAAGUUCUCAGAGGAGGAGAUAUGGGUAGCAGUGCAAGAAUGCAAUGGAAAUAAAGCACCAGGUCCAGAUGGCUUCAACUUCAUGUGUUUUCAAAAGAACUAG